AGUAAAUUCGCGAUGACAGAAACUGAAGGGUUUAGUGAUAAACCUGCUCUACUUCCCUUUGCCGACACCAAUUUCAUCCUCCUUCUCCCCUCCCUACCUUUCAAGUUAUUCCAGUAUAUUCGAUUCAAACCUCUACAUACUCGAACCAGUCCACGCGUGAUGGCUCGAACCGACAUCAGCAUGACCAUCAAGGUCAAGCGCGGCAAAGAGACCGUCCUCCUUCUUCUUUCCGAGAACGACAAAUUCAGCACUUUAAAAAAGCAGGUUUACACCGCGUUCAAAACAACGCUGAGCACAGAAAGUAAGGACGACGACGAGGACGAUCUCGCGAUUCCCAAGCCGUCGUUCGAGACAUCUACAACAUCAGCAGCGGCAGAGGAGUCGGAAAAAAGCAAAGGCUCAAGCGGGACGGACUUGGCGAUUGAAGACUUGAUUAUCGGAUUACCGGUAGAUAAGACAGAUUAUUCGAAAGGAUGGAAGCCGGCGUCGGAGGAUGCGUCGGCAAAAGCUUUGAAGGCUCUCGAGAUCAGCGAUGGGACUGUUCUCGCGUUCCGGAUAAAAGAUAUAGACAGCGAUACGGACUUUGAGGUUGAAUUCCCGACAUUCGAGGAUGAUGUUGCGGAGUGAGUAGGGCAUGUUCGAGAGAAAUAUUCAAACAGAUCUUACAUCUACGUCUUGAA